AUGGCAAGGACAAAAGGAAGUGAGACCAUGAAGAAGAAAGACCCAUUCAUGCAACCACCAAGGAAACAAAUCAAGCUAGGGAGUAGUCACUCCAAUGCAAGAGCAGCAACACCACCCUCACCACAAUCCAUUGAUGCAAGUCAAGAACAUGUGGAGAGUCCAAGAGGAGAAGAUGAUUGGGCACUUGUAAACUUUGUUGGAGAACAAGUCCAAGAUCCAAGAAAGUACAAGAAGGCAAUGGAGAAGAGUGAACAUCGAACCUUGUGUGAAGAUGGACACUCCAACCCUUGA